GAUAAGGGGGGAACUUGUGGGAGUGUGGAAGGUGUGAUGAGAUUGUGGAAUGUUCAGACAGACAGAAUGAGAAAAAAGCCGUGUGUUUGCUUGUUUGCUCCCCUCAUCAGGGGUCCGUCCCAUCUCGAGCGGACACCAAGCGGCAGGAAGCCGUUGUCGUCUCCACAAAGCCUCAAAAAAAACCCAAAAAAAAACGGCCUUGGAUCAACGUGAAUCUGCCAAGACCCCGCCAUCGGGCUGAGGUCUACAGUAGCGCCUCAAGAAAAAAGUGUCCGCUCCAUGCCCAAAGCCCCAACAGCGUAACAACACCACGUUUCCAGCUCCGCCCCUUUCCCCUUUUUUCUCUCCUGUGAGCAGACUCCUUAUCUCGCAUAUCGGACGGACGGUUUGCUGCCAAAGACGAUGGCUGCCCAAGAUGAGGAGCCCCGGAUCGCGGGAGCCGAUGACGCCAUGGAGCAGCAGCGGCAUGAAGAAAGGUUCCCCCCUGAAGAGGAAGCUUCCAUGGUAGCGGACUCCAACGCGCACAAGACCGAGGCCAACUCUCUCUUUGGAUCGGGCAAGUACGACAUUGCCAUCAACAAGUACGAUGAGGCUCUUGCCGUCCUUCCCAACUAUCUGGACUAUGAGCUGGCCGUCUUACGAUCCAACAUUGCUGCCUGCCACCUGAAGCUCGAAGAAUGGAAGGAAGCCGUCACAAACGCAACAGCCGCCCUGGACUCUCUUGACAAGCUCGAGGGCAACGGCUCGUCGAAGAAGCAGGACCCCACCCCACCCGCGGCAGAAGACGAGGUGGAGGGUGAGAUUGUCAGCUCUGGUGCCAAAGCAGCCGGUCCGGCACUGGGUGAUGACGCCCAGCGCAAGCGUCCGGAUGAUAUCUCGAGAAUCCGCGCCAAAGCUCUCAUGCGUCGUGCUCGGGCCCGGAGUGAGCUGGGCGGGUGGUCCAACCUGGAAGGCGCAAUCGAAGACUACAAGCGGCUGUCGACCUUGCCUGCCUACGACACGCUGAUGAGCGCGACGGAUAAGAAGAUUGUCAGCACGCAACUCCGCGCCCUGCCGGCUCGUGCAAAGGCUGCGCAGGAGAAGGAGACGGCUGAGAUGUGGGCCAAGCUCAAGGACCUGGGCAAUGGCAUCUUGAAGCCGUUUGGCCUCAGCACUGACAGCUUCAAGAUGGUCAAGGACGAGAAGACAGGCGCAUACAGCAUGAACUUUUCUGGGGGGUCGGGCGGCAAGUGA